AUGACCGACGUCGCCAAAGAAACCAUGAUCGACGAAGUUCUGAAGGAUGUCAUCGCCUCCGUUCGCUCCAACAUUGGGACGAAGAAGCUCUCCGGCACAGCCGCCAAGUACCUGCAGCAGCCUCAACAACUAUCGCUCCAGGAUGACUGCCUCUUCUUCGGUUCCCGCAUCGUCAUCCCAACCACACUCCGCAACCGAAUCCUGAAACAACUACACGAAGGACAUCCCGGAGUGGCACGGAUGAAAGUACUGGCUCGUCAGUACGUCUUCUGGACGAACAUCAACGCCGACAUCGAAUCAUUCGUCAAGAAAUGCCGCAACUGCCAAGAAGCUCAGAAAGCUCCAAUCAAGACGGAACUCUUCUCCUGGCCGAAAGAAGAUCGACCAUGGAACCGCGUCCACAUCGACUACGCUGGCCCAUUUCUGGGGAAGAACUACCUCGUCAUCGUCGACGCCUAUUCGAAAUGGCCCGAGGUCAUCGAGAUGAAAUCGACGACGAGCACCGCCACGAUCAAGCAGCUGACGCAACUCUUCGCGCAGUUUGGAAAUCCGGAAACACUCGUCUCCGACAAUGGCACGCAGUUCACGUCUCAAGAAUUCGCCGACUUCUGCAAGGCAAAUGGAAUCAACCACAUCCGUUCCCCGCCGUACCAUCCUCAAUCGAAUGGACAAGCCGAGCGAUUCGUCGACACCGUCAAGCGCGCUUUGCUGAAAGACAAGGACGACGCCAACUCAUCUGAGACGCUGCAGAAGUUUCUGAUGGUCUACCGCCGUACACCAUGCCCGUCAUCACCGAAUUCUCGUUCACCUGCUGAGAACUUCCUGGGACGACCACUCCGCUCAACGCUCUCGAUGCUCAACCCUCCAAGAAGCAUCCUCAAGAACCGCGACGAGAAGAUGGAACAACAGUUCAACCGUCACCACAACGCUCGUCCGAAGCAGUUCGAACCAGAAGACCUCGUUUGGGUGCGCGACUACCGACUCGGGCAGACGAAAUGGAUCUCUGGACAAGUUCUACUUCGCUUGGGCAACGCGCUGUACGACGUCCUGGUCAACGACAACAUCGUUCGCCGACACGCCAACCAGCUGCGCCGACGCGAAACCGACGACACGCCGACCACGCCCUGGGACGACUUCGACUGGCCGCAACCAUCGUCACCGUCGCCGUCGCAGUCAUCAUCGUCAUCAUCGCCGCCGCCGCCAUCACAGAAGCUGCCACCGUCCGACAACGACGUUCCCGCCACUUUGAGACGCUCCGAACGCCAUCAUCAACCGCCGAAACGACUGAACAUGGACCCCUCUUUGAAGUCUUAUGUUUAG